UAUCUAUCAUCUCAUCUGGAAUAAAAAGCGAAAUUAAAAAACAGAAAAAAUUUGAUCCAUGAAUUCAUUUUCUCUUUCUCUCUCUCUAGAAAUGGCGAAAUAUCUUUGACAGUAGAUGUUAUCAGCCUUACGAGGUAAAAAUAGACGAUUUUUCUUCUUCUUUUGGUCUCUAACUGUUUUCUCAGAUCAAGUAAGAGCAUAGCUUCGUGAUGGCGGAAUUUACUGGGAGGAAUUCCAAGGAUUUGGCUCAGAAUGACGAGAUCUUGAGGCCGGAGAUUAAGAUGUCAGAACCUUCGGUAACAGAAUGGACUGAUGAGAAGCACAGAUUGUAUCUCAGUUCCAUGGAAGCUUCUUUUGUCAAACAGUUAUAUAAUCUUGGUUCCCGUUCCACUGAUUUGCUUGGCGGGAGAGAAAUAAAUAAACUGGAUUUGAACUCUUCAAAAAGAUCAAAUGCGAUUAGUUCCUCCGGCCAGUUCAAGGUUCUUCGAGUUGGAAGCUGGCAAAAAAUUAAUUUUGAAAGAGCCCAACCUCAGUUGGAAAUUGCAGAUGAAACUCAUGCUUUUCCAAAUAAUCAAUGGAUCCAGCAUUUCAGGUCUGGGGAUAAGCAACGGGAAGUUUCAUCAGCCAGCUUGAAAGACGGUUGUGCACCUUCUAGUCAUGCAACCUACUUGAGAGAGCAGAAGAUGGUGUCAUGUGGAGUGACAACAAUUCACUUCUCUGCUGGACACAAACGCCUCUAUCAUCAAGAUUCAAUUGAGAGCAAUACAGAGGUGUCGGACCAAAACUUUGAUGAUGAAGACUACAAAAAGGCUCCUAUAAGCAUCAAGUGCAAAGCCAAAAGGAAAAAAACUGCGGUUACCAGUAAUUCAGCCAAAGAUCAGGUUGUUCCAUCCGGUAAAUCUCUUAUAACAAAUGAUCCUGAUGAGAAAUGCAGUUUUGUGGAGACCCAAGCAGCAGACAUCCUUUCGCUUGGAAAGUCAUGACAAUGAUACUGUUAUUUAGAGUGUUGAUAGAUUUGAAAGAUGUAAAGGAUAAAAGACAGAAGUUGUAGAGCUGCUUGGUUCAAGAGGAGGCAGACACUGGAGAGAGAGGGAGGUGGUGCAGAUUGUAAGGUCUGAAAGAGUAGAUUAGUCACAAAAACUGUUUUGCUAAGAGAUUUCUUGCAACAACUGGUGCAACAUUAGAGGAUACACAUGCUUCUUUUUAGUUUGUUUAGAGUAUGUAAGUUGCCUUACUAAUUGUCUUACUGAAUAUUUAUGUAUAAUAUACUAGACAACAAUUCACAUGGAUAGCUGGGUAGGAGCAAGAGUUGAGAAAAAGAAGUCUUACACAAGUAGUGAAAUAGUGAAAUUUUUCUCUCGCGAGGUUGGGAUGCGUAGUAGUUCUGAUUUCUGAUGGAUGGGUUGACUCGUGAAUCAAUGUUCAAGUUAGGCUCAUCUAUAUGAAGAAGUCGGACCUAAUUUUACUUCCAUUUCUUUUAUUUUACUUAAAUAUAUUUGUUUCUAAGAUG